AGACUAGAUUUUAUGCCUCUCCUUUUAUAAGCCUUUUAUAAUUUCUUUUUUCCCUUGGGAUGUACAUGGGUGUUUUGCGUGCUUCAUUCGGUGCUGAAAACGGAAGGUCAUACAGUGUCGAAUGUCUGAGUGAUCUUUGAUUCGACACCAUCCUCGGAACUCCUCUUUGCAGGAACGGCUGCGGAAGCCACCCGGUAUCUCGGAUUGGCCCUGGCAAGCGACGCCCUGGCGGUGUGGUGGGAUCUUCCAAGUAAUAUCAUUGGUCAGUUCUGGAACUGGCGAGGGAAAUGCAGCAGAUCGUGAUCCCACGGCCGUGGGAUCGAAACUUCGCAGAAAUCGAGUUAGGGCCCUAGCACCUAACAUGCGGGAUCGUUACUGCUCUCCGGAAGAGUUGGAUCAUUUCGCAGUCUAUCAUCAACCUUCGAUUAAUGUUUGUCUUGUUUCUAUCCUUCUGCGCCUGAAGAUUAACAACCAGUAUGGCUCCUUCGAAGCCGGGAGGCAGACCCAAGAACGCUUGGAAUUCUUCCAGGAGAAGAAAACUGGUGCACCUCUACACGUUGACAGAUCUCAAUACGGCAGAGAUUGGGAAGGUUCUUAAGGCGGAUCAGUUCAACCCUUGUUUGAGAGAUAUUCAAGCAAGGCUCAAAGAUCUCUUACCUAGCGACUACACAAAGAAAUUCCAUCAAUAUCGACCAAGAAAUGGAACCUCCGCCAAUGUACGCCUCGAAGGGCUCCAACAACAUCGUCAAGCUCGAAAGUCAAGCGCUGUGCGGUUUGCGAAGGACAAACAGACACUGCUCUCUACUCGGGGAGAUAAUACCCACCCAUUGACAGAUCCAUACCGAGAUUUUGAGGGGCCCUUGUCAGCAUUUCGCAACUAUUAUGAAAACCAGAGUGUAUCUGUCAAAUGGCAGCAGUUAUCUCUGUCUGCUCAUCCAUCAGAGUCGCAACUAAUCACGCCUUCGCUGCUCCUCUUGGAUGGCUCAAGUGUUCCAAGCACUUCAGUCAACCCAAAUUCCCAACGCCAAAGCACUGCAAUUCAGUGCCCGAAUUCCCAGUCAACGCCAGAUCUUUCGCUGGAGCAAUCUCAAGAGCCAAUUCGUCCAACAAGCCCUUCUUCCACUGCAAGUAUCCAGAGCUUGCAGGCAAGGCUUCCACGUCAUGCUGCCUCUGUAAUUCGGCACGUUCGAUCAGUUCUACGCUACUCCUCCAGCAACUCUUCGAGGUCAAGCACCUCGGUACGUUCGAGUUGGGUAUCCUUUCGAAGCCAGAUGUCAAUAGAAUCAGCAUUCUCGACAGGCGCUUCAUUGUUAGACGGUGAUUCAAUCUCAUUAGACACAGAGACUAAGGAUUUCGAUACCUGCCCUUCAGAACGAAUGUAUUAUCAGCGGCCUGUACUAUCUGCCUCAUCACCUGCAAGCCCAGGAAUUCAAGCCAAGACGAUCAAUAUCAGAAUGAGAUCUCCAUCGGCUAGGCAUUACAGCAACGUAUUGAAAAGAAGAGGGUGUGAUUGUAUAUUUACCGUUGGAAAACAAUCACCUUCAAACAAUUGGCCUAAUCAGUGUGGAAAUUGCGGCCUGGCCCCUGUGCAUCUGCUUGCUCUCAGCCUAGCAGGAGUCAAUCAAAUCUGGGAUUUCCAUCUGGAAAUAAACCAAAAAGAUUUUUUGGACAACAGACCUCUUCACUUUGCGGCUAUGACUUCCCAGACUGACCCCGAGGUCUUUGUCAAAUUGGUCGACAUGGGGGCAGAUGUCGGGUCUGUAACCACCUGUGGAGAGAGACUUUUCUACACCUUCUGUUCAGACAUUUAUUGGCGAAAAAUGUGUCAAAAUUCAUACCCCUCUUGCGGCGUCUGGAAGCUCUAAACUUUUCAUUCACAAGCCGAGAUUAUUUCGGUCGUCAGCCAUUUCAUGCCCUUCUUCGUCGGCGUCAAGGGGGUCAUGACUUCUUACUCAACGAUGUCGGCA